AUGAGGGCCUCCUCGGUGUUUAGGCCUGCGACGGCAGCUGCAAUAACUCUUGCGCAAAUAUCAGCCAUUCACGCAUUUACAGCCACUCCGGUCUCGAUACCUGACCUCGAUCUGUCGCCUCUCGGUAGGCUGGCAUUGACGGGCGAUUUCGACUCCAUCUCGCUUUACUCCUACCUACAACAAUCCGAAUCCGUCCCGUCGACAAACGGCUCCCAGUCCCUACUCACCUCUCUCCCCAAUGGCGUCCUUACCACCCUCUCAUCUGCCGACGCCGACAUAUUGGCCAUGUGCCCGUGGACGCGUAAGGAUGGCACCUUUGCCGGGCUCAUUGUUGGUGGCAAUUUCACAAGCUUUGGCGACACCAAAGCGGUGGGGAUAGCUUCUUACGAUCCAGCCACAAAUACUGUGCAUGAUAUGCCAGGGCUUUCCGGAACUGUGCGGUCUUUGGUGUGCGACCAGGACUCGGAUUCCGUCUACGUUGGGGGCAACUUCACCGUGAAGAAUUCAACAAAUGCAAUGGUUUGGAAAGGAAGUACGGGCUGGCAGGCACUCCCUUUUGGUGGCUUCAACGGCCCUAUCUCAGCCAUAGUCCAAAAUCCCGAUGGCCAUUUGAUUUUUGGUGGUAGUUUUGAUGCGCUAGGAAACACUACCACGCCCAAACAAAACUUUUCGCAAAUCGUCAACCUAUCGACUGCUAAUAUUUCUAGCGAUGCCCAAACUACCUUGUCUGGCUUCAUCGACCCUCGAAACAUCAUCUGUUCCGCUGAAAAGAGUGACAGUGCAGGAAAUACAUGGCUACUAGACGACUAUUCACCAGGAUUCUGGAGAGCUGAUAUGGGCUUCACUUUCUACCCGACAAAGGUUCGGCUGUACAACACGCAUUACCAGGGAAGAGGCACCAAAUCAUUCCGCUUUCAGGCUCUCCCGGACACUGGAAUUAUGAACUUGACCUACACCGAUCCAUCGACAGGCAAAACCGUAUCUUGUGAUGCCGAGUGCCCCCUCUCUAGUGAUACUUCCGAGGCCUAUCAGGAUUUCGAAUUAGUCAACCCCGUUGGCAUGUCCAGUUUCAUGAUUCAGAUUUUGGAUUGGUACGGCCAAGGUGCUGGUCUCGAUGGUGUUGAGAUCUUUCAAAAUGAAAUCUACACCUAUGCGAUCAACGACUACAAUGAGCCCACCUGUGCAGGAAUCGAUUAUCCCUCGGCAGCCUUGACUACUGGUGACUGGGCCGUAACCCCUGCUGGCUCCUCGGCAGUCGCAUCGACAUCCUAUUUGACGGCCAAGGCAUCGGGUUCCUCGAGUUUGUCUGUCACUUUCCGACCUGACAUUACGCAAUCAGGGAACUACACCAUUCUUUUUUACACCCCUGGCUGUUCUUUGGAUGGUACAUGUGACUCUAGGGGUAGAGUAAACGUCACCGCAACCUUGUCCUCCAGCACACAACCCGUGGAAAAGUUUUUUUGGCAGACAAAUGAAGACGAAAAUUAUAACUUUGUCCACACUGGCUACGUGGAGGCAAGCAGUGAUAGUUUCCGUCCCGAAGUCACUAUGACUCUUGCUGAUGGACAAGGCGAAGCCACAAUGGUAGCCUAUCGAGUUGCCUUCAAACUCAUUUCCUCCACCGGCGGCUUGAAUGCGUUGUACGACUAUGACCCCACCAAGAAAACAACAGACACAGACUUUGCAUCCGACGAUAUCGACUUAAUUGGCACAAACCUGAAUACAGGAGCGAUUAUCCACAGCAUGGUUCAGUCGGGAGACACUACUUUUGUGGGAGGCAACUUUUCAGACAGUUCUUUCCGUAACAUCAUGUCUUUUACAAGUGGCAAUGCCACUUCUCUCAGUGAUGGUGGAUUGAAUUCCUAUGUUCAGUCGCUUCUUCUUCUCGAUGACAUCAUUUACGUCGGAGGAAAUUUUACCGACACUGCACAAAGUGGAACCAAAGACCUGAACUAUAUCGCUGCCUAUUCUCCUUCCAGCAAGUCGUGGUCUUCCUUGGGUGCGGGUGUGAAUGGUCCCGUUACUUCGGUCGUGUCGUUCCCAGUAAAUGGAACCAAUGGAACAACAGAGACUGCAAUUGCAGUAAACGGUCAGUUUGAUCAGAUACUGGCAUUUGGCUCCAACUCAUCGGUGACCGUGACCGGGUUCGCUGUGUGGGUUCCAUCUCAGAAGAACUGGCUGCAAAAUGUUGACAGCUACCCAAUGGCCUACUAUGGGCAGCUAAUGGCCACUGCCGACAUUGGCAACAACACGACUAUUCUGGCUGGUUCCCUAACUUCUGAUGGUAUUUCCUCGAGAGGUGUGGUAUCCUUGGACGACUCUAACCAGCUUGCUUUGCAACCACUGCCCGUCGAUAUUUUGGCAAGCAAGACCGGUAGCUCUGUUUCUAAACGCGACACUACGUCCCAGGAUUCGACAGAGGUAGUGAUUGGUUUAUUCGACACGACUAAUGGACGUAAUCUCACAAUUUUUGGCGGUCAGUUCACCGCCAAAACUAGCGACGGUUCAACGAUCCAGAACCUUUUGUUUGUAAACGGCUCCGAUAGUGACAGCGUGACCGGGAUCCCCUCAGGAGUCAAUAGCAGCUCAACUUUUACCACUCUCGCCGUGGCCGAGGACACAUUGUUUGCCGGUGGCAUAGUCACCGGCAAAGUCGGAUCCUCUAGUCUCAAUGGUCUCGUGGUCUAUGAUUUGGUCAACUCGGCUUUCGCUUCGUCUCAGCCUCCCGCGCUGACUGGAGACAACGUUGUAGCGAACUCUAUCGCUGUUCGCCCUAGCUCCACGGAGGUAUACGUAGGAGGCGCCUUUGAUGCUGCUGGAGCGUUGCCUUGUCCUGCUGUUUGUGUUUGGGAUACGUCUUCGGGCCAGUGGAGUCGGCCUGGGGCUAACAUGCAGGGAGUCGUGACCUCUCUUCAAUGGGUCGGCAAAGACGAGCUGUACGUUUUUGGAAACCUCACGGUCCAGGAUAAUACCACCUCGAUUGCUACCUACGAUGCUAGUUCGCAGAAAUGGUCUGCCGUGGAUGGUGCUUCAUCGCCUGCAAUUCCUGGACCGGUGACUGCUUUCGGCGCGGCAGCUACAGAUCUCUCAUCGUAUUGGGUGGCCGGGCAGUCAUCGAACGGGUCAACUUUCCUUGUACAGUAUGAUGGCUCGCAAUUCAACAGCGCCGGCCAGAUUUUUGGCAAAUCGACAUCCAUUCUCGGUCUGCAAGUGAUUGGACUCAGCACGGCGCAUACAAGCACGGAUGUUCUGGAUGAUGAUCAAAUUCUUUUGGUCACUGGCCAGCUGGAGAUUCCUGGAUUUGGAAAUGCGUCGGCAGCGCUCUAUAACGGGACCACCUUGACGCCUUUCAUUCUGUCAUCCAGGUCGGACGGCCAGCCCGGUAGCAUUCAACAGAUGUUUACCGAAAAUAAAAACACCUUCAAGGGUGACACUUCUCACCAUCUCUCUGUUGGAUUGGUAAUUCUCAUCUCUUUCUGUAUCGCGCUCGGCUGCGUCUUCCUCAUUGUUGUCAUUGGCGUCAUUCUCAACAAGAUCCAGCGUCGCCGACAAGGCUAUGUGCGCGCGCCGACCGCAUACAACUCGGACCGGCCUACAAGCAUGCGACGCGUCCCACCUGAGUAUUUACUAGAUUCACUCCGACAACGCACCGGCGGGGUGCCAACUAUUUAG